ACGAAAAAUUGUGAUGUCGAUUGUGUACAUGGCAUAAUUUUAUUUUUUAUGAUUUUUACGUAAAUCAUGAAGUGAUUAAUUAAAUUAGGACUAGUUAAAUACAAAAUGGCAUUCGUGAGUGCAGUUACCGGCGAUGACUCCACUAAGAAAUUUAUGGAAGUCCUGCAAAAUGACUUCAAAAAUUUGAGUUUGGAGACCAAGAAGAAGUAUCCUCAGAUAAGAGAGGCCUGCGAUGAAGCUAUUGAGAAGCUGUCCCUGGCGUCGAACAACCCACAAGCUUCGCUAUAUGGUGUGGUCAAUCAGAUACUGUAUGCUCUGGUGCAAGGAUGCGAGUCUAAGGAUCUUAAAAUUAUCAAGUUUUGCUUGGGCACCAUCCAGCGUUUAAUUGCUCAGCAAGGCAUCGACGCAAAAGGUGCGAGGCAUGUCGUGGACUGCCUCUACAACCUCGGCCAGGCCGGUGUGUUGGAGCUAAAGCUGCUGCAAACCGCUGCUCUGUUGAUGACCACCUCAGAUCUGGUGCAUGGAGACACUUUGGCGAGGACGGUGGUAAUGUGCACGCGCAUGGUAUCUCCAUCAGAAGCGCGUGACGUCAGCACGUGCCAUGCAGCCGCUGCUACAGUGCGCCAGCUCGUCGCUCUGGUGUUCGAGCGAGCGUUAGCAGAGGCCGACGGUAAUCUCAAAGUGAACCCGGCAGACAUUCGCCCGCAAACCAACAGCAAAGCGCCCAAAGACUUGAAACCGUGUGCUGUUGACGCCUACCUCAUAUUACAAGACAUAAUUCAACUGAUAAAUGGAGACUCAGCCCACUGGCUGGUGGGGAUAUCCGAAGUGCCAAAGACGUUUGGACUGGAGCUGCUAGAUACGGUCCUGACUGACUUCUCACCUAUUUUCUUCAAAAUCUCAGAAUUCAGAUUUUUAUUGAAAGAGCAUGUGUGUGCUCUCAUUAUACGACUUUUUUCGCCAAAUGUUAAGUAUAGGGCAGCAUUCACCUCCCUGCACAUUCCCGGCGCACAACCGGCGUCCGGUACUGCACAAGGCCAGGCCAGCCCCGCCGCCGCCGACCGGCCGCAUUUCCCCGUCACUAUGCGUCUGUUAAGACUGGUGUCGGUCAUUAUACACAAGUACCAUUCUGUGCUGGUGACAGAGUGCGAGAUCUUCCUAUCGCUCACCAUAAAGUUCCUGGACCCAGACAAGCCGCUUUGGCAGCGAGCGCUGGCCUUAGAAGUGCUGCACAAGAUGACCAUACAACCGCAUCUGCUGAAAGCCUUCUGCUCAUGUUACGACAUGCGUCCGCACGCCACCAACAUCUUCCAAGACAUCGUCAACGCGCUGGGCGCCUACGUGCAGAGCCUCUUCGUGGCCUCGCAGGUCAACACGCCGGCCGGUGCGUCUGGAAUACCACAGCAGUCGGGCUUCUACUGGAAGGGGGUAUGGCUGCCGCUCUGCGUUACAUUCGAACCAGGGACAGCUAAAUCUGUUUACAUCGAAAUGCUAGACCGCAACGAAGCGCCGGCCAUACAGGACGGUUACGGGAUCUCCGUCGCAUACGCGUGCCUAAUGGAGAUCAUACGCUCCAUCGCGAUCACUGUAGAGGGCGCUGAAUACUUCAG